GGUGGGUGGUAUUGUUCGGUUGAAUUGAGAUUCAACUUACCACGAACCAUUACCUUCAUUCAAGGAAAUAAAAAAGAAUCCGAUUGCAAUUGGAGAUCAGCUUCCCUGUUUAGGAUUUUCUCUAAAUAGAUACUUUGACAAGAAAAAGUAUUGAUUCUUUACUUACGUAUAGUUCAGAAGUACAUAUAUAUCUGGAAUCUUGUUAGGGGUGCCUUUUGAAUCAUCGUACAGGAUUCGAUAGGUCUGGAAUUAAUAAAUAGAAAGAAAGAAAUGCAAGUAUAUAAUUCUUAGAAUUUAAACAUUACAUACAAAGAUUCGUGCAUCCUCACUCUUUGUCGCCCAGAUUACUCUUCCUAGCUUUCUUUUCAGAUUCUUGUAAAGAUCCUUUGUUUGAUAAAAUCGGUUUCUAAGCAAAGACCAUCAUCGCUUCCAAUCUAAUUGCGUUGCGUUGUUUGAUAGUUCUCGACACAAGAUACUGACAUUCACGGCAAUCCCUUUUCCCUUUGAAAAGGAUCCAUAUAGUUUCUUUGCAUGCCGAAGGCUACGAAAUGCCAACUUUGCGAGACAAGACGUCCUUCCAUUUGUGAACAGUGCCUGGGAAGAGAGCUGACAAGUUUUUAUACAUCAAAGGAACAGUAUCAGAAGGAGAUAUUUUCUCGUUUGGAACAUAUAAGACAACACCAAGGAAAACAUGUCUUAUAUCGAGAGCGAAUUUCCGAAAAAGAAAUGCUUUUAAAUAAGCUUGACAGAUUGUCUCAUAUCCAAUCUGAUAAGCUGUCUGCUCUAUCCAUUCUCAACGAAAGGAUCCAUACCCUAAAACAUGGGAUCACUAGGAGGAGAGAGUCCCUUGAUCUGAAGAGCAAAGAUUUGAAUGACAGUUUCAUGAGGAAUCGAGAUCUGUAUGCCGAGAGAUAUAUUCAUUCUAUUCAGCAGUCUGAGACCCUGCAAGCUAGACUUGCUAAGCUUCAACAAACACUGAUUCGAAAGGUUCUCGAUAUGUAUCAGCUCCAUUGGCGCAGGGACGUCCUAUUGCUGUCUUUUGACGUUGUUCCUAAACAAUCUCCAGAACACGAACGUAGUGCUGAUUCCGUUGAUGCUAGCUUAGCAUAUCAGCUUUCAAAGCUGACAAUGAGUGUAUCCGGAUCCGGUUCUGGUUAUGAGGAAAAUGUACAACGCCGAAACCAGACGUUCUUGGAACAAGCUAGGCAAUUAAACGAUUCUGUUACGAUUUCUGGAGUUUAUGUAUGUGUAAAAAAUAAAGAAAGAGUGUUUCUGAAUCCAGAAUCUUCUCUGACUUUAUCAUUCAUCUGCAUUUUUCUAGCGCAGUACUUAAGCGUGACUCUUCCUUGCCCAAUUCAACUACCUUCCCCAGAUCAAAAAAUGCUCCCGGUUUAUUCGAAUGAUCAGACGCUAUAUCUCAUGUACAACAUAGGAUGGCUUGCAUCGAUUUGUGGCGCAUUCACUAUUCCUAAAGGAUUGUCUCAAAUACAACAAAUGGAACUUCUCCAAUGUACAGGAUUCUGGUUAGUUCAAUUACGGUCUAAACCAGUAGAAGUAAGAAGCUUUGCCAGCACUCCUCAGCUGGAAAUGGAUUUCGACAUCUUUUAUCGCUUGUCGUGUGCUCAUAAUCCCUAUGCUUUUAGUUAUGGCAAUGUGAGAUCUAAACCUUCUUCCAAAGCAUUCCAGCUUAUUUCUUAAAGCAGCAGUAUCUCUAUAUGUUGGGAUACUAUUGCUUCAGAACGAUAUUCUUUUCUCUUUUUUUUAUUCUUCCUGAAUACUGCUUCAGAGAAGGAGCAUUUAUGUAUAUUUUAGUUUAUGAUUCAUGCCUUCUAAUUUGUUUAAUUUGUUUACAUAUGUUUAUUAAUGUUGAUUUUUGUCGUG